GGUUACUAUAAAAGGUCUUCUCUUUGACACGGGCGUCUCUGACUGAGCUCAGCAGGGAGUCUCUGCAGACCUGAACACGCCCACCGACAGCCCUCAGCCCUGACAGCGCCCCCUGGAGGCUGAAAUGUAUAUUAGCAGUGUUUUUUAGGAAACUUUGAAGUAUGAAGAAGAUUUAAUGAAUGCUGAGAGUGAUGGAUGAAAGUGUUCCAGUCACCUUCAUCACAACACUGUGGACUCUGUCAGUGAGGAUCACCAUCAUCAUCAUCAUCAUCAUCGUCCUCUUCAUCACUGUGUAAUGCCUGGCGCUCUCAGACGGUGGUCAUGGCUCGCUGCAGGAGUUACUUACGAGGACUCUCCAUCUGUGUCACUGUGCUGCUGCUGGUGUCUGGCGUGGUGAUGAUUGGGGCCGGAUUCGCCUCCAUGGAAGGCAAUACUCCGGUUGCCCAGUUGUUUGAGCAGCUGUCCAGUAGUGACGGUUUACUGGUCCUGCAGGUGUUCGGUCCGGUCACAGUGGUCUUCUCAGUUAUUGGUAUCUGUGCAGCAACGCUGGACCUCAAACCUCUGCUCCUGGUGUUUUCUGUUCUAGUAUUUGUGGAGUUUGUGGCGAUGAUGGUUGUCGCCUCACCUCUGGUUCAGGUUCAGUCUCAGAUGGACAGUGAAGUGGAAAAGGUGUUUCUAAAUGUGACCCCCCUUCACAGCACAGAGGUUUACAUCCAGAGGGAACUAAACAAACUCCAGACCUCGGACUCCUGUUGUGGUCUGAGAAGUUAUGAAGACUGGAAGGAUCAACUUCCUGCCUCCUGUUUUUGCACACCUGAGAUCACUCCUCCUGAUUCUGACGCAGAGCCCAGGUCUCAGCAGGAUGACGUUAGUCCAGAGGGGCCGUGUGUGAUGGCGGGCAGUGACAGUAAAUCUCCAAACACACAGGUCACAGAGACGCUCUGGGUUCACUCCAAGCCCUGCGGUCCCAUCCUGAAGAGCUACAUGAGCUUCCCCAUCAGACUCAGGAUAGGAAUCAUUUCAGCCUUCUCCACCAUCGCGAUAGCAGCCAUCGCCUUGUGUCUGGCUUUGGGUUUAGAGGAAUAUUGGAAAACGCCAACAGUCCAAACGACCGUGGACGACUUCAACAGAGUGAAGUACCAACCUAAACCUUCUUCCCCUACCUGACCUUUGACCUCUGACGUCUGGCCCGGCAGCGUGGCGUCUCUUCACACAGCUGACUGUCACUGCAGGAGUUUAAUGACGCCAUGUUGGUCACUGUUUGGAGAGGUUAUUUUGAAUAUUGGACAGAGACAUGGUGUUCCAUCUGUGAGUGUUUAGAUUUAGUUUAAAGGUCCCGUAUGAUUCAUGGACAUGUCCUCCUUACCUUCACGUGUUUACUGAAGUCCUCCUCCAGCCGAGCGCCCUGAGAGUGAGGAAGCUAAACGCCUCUGUGUUGUUAGUCAAAGCUUCUACGAGGGGAUCUGAGUCACUCCUGAGGGGGAGUAACGUCAACAUGAAGCUGCUUUUACUUUAGUGCUGCAGAGUCAAGAUGUCAAAGGUUAGAGCCACACACUCCAACUGCUCUGUUAUUGGUUUCCUAGACCACUUGUUCUCAAAGUGGGGUCCUGGGACCCCUGGGGGUCCAUGAACCAUAGCGUGGGGGUCUGUGAAAUA